AUGGCUCCGUCUGCUUAUGUAUGGAAGGUCACACAGAACCGUCGGUCUGAGGCUAGACUCCUUUUAUCCUUAUCAGUAACCUUCUUAUUUGCGCUUCUCUUUGCAUUCAUCUUCUUCUUUCUUUCAAAAAUCUUCACCAAAAGCAAGCGACCCCUACUCCCUCCUGGCCCAAAACCAUGGCCUAUUGUGGGAAAUCUCCCAGAGAUGUGGAGGAAAAAACCUAGAUAUAGGUGGCUGCAUAGCCUCAUGAAAGAGUUGAACACAGAAAUCGCUUGUGUACGUCUAGGAAGUGUGUAUGUUGUGCCAGUAACUUCCCCAGAGAUUGCCAUGGAGUUUUUGAAGCAACAUGAUGCAGUGAUGGCAUCAAGGCCUAUCACAGUCACCACUAGUAUGUUCAGUGAUGGGUUCUUGACUGCAGGCGUUGCACCUUGGGGAAAGCAAUGGAAGAAGAUGAGGAAGGUGCUCACUAACGAGAUAUUGAACCCGACAAGACUCGAAUGGCUACGUAGUAAGCGAAAGGAAGAAGCCGAUAAUCUUCUCCGAGUGGUUAACAAUAUAUGCAAAUCAGGCUCGGUUGUUGAUGUAAGGUUAGUUUCCCAACACUUCACUGGAAAUAUUAUGAGGAGAAUGAUGUUCAACAGAAGGUACUAUAGGCAAGGAAGAGAGGAUGGAGGGCCUUGUGUUGAAGAACAAGAGCAUAUUAAAGCACUAUUUACUAUGCUUUUGUAUGUGUAUGCAUUGUGUGUUUCUGAUUACUUGCCAAUCUUGAAGCCACUCGAUUUAGAUGGACAUGAAAAGACUGUGAGGAAUGCUUUGAAUGUUAUCAAAAAGUACGAGGAUCCGAUUAUCAAUGAGAGAGUAGAAAUGUGGAAAGAGGGGAAGAGGACCGAGCCUGAAGACCUUCUUGAUGUUUUCAUUUCAGUUAAGGAUGACAAUGGGAAGCCAUUGCUAUCAGUGGCAGAGAUCAAAGCACAAAUCACGGAACUACUCCUUGCAACUCUGGAUAAUCCUUCCAAUAUAGCGGAGUGGGCUUUGGCAGAAAUGCUAAACCAACCUGAGCAGCUACAAAAAGCAGUAGAGGAAUUAGACAGGGUGGUUGGAAAGGAGAGACUUGUUGAAGAAUCAGAUAUUCCUAACCUAAGCUAUGUGGUGGCUUGUGCAAGGGAGUCUCUUAGGCUUCACCCAAUUGCACCAUUCAAUCUCCCCCAUGUCGCUAAAGAAGAUCUUACUGUGGCUGGCUACUUCAUCCCUAAAGGUAGUCAAGUCUUGCUAAGCCGAUUAGGCCUCGGUCGAAACCCAAGAGUUUGGGAGGACCCCUUAAGGUUCAACCCUGAGCGACAUUUCAAGGAUAAUUCACAUGAGUUGGGGCUUGCAGAACCUGGCCUCAGGUUCAUUUCCUUCACUAGAGGAAGGAGAGGGUGCAUGGGUGGUACACUAGGGACACUCAUUACUGUGAUGCUAUUUGCAAGACUUCUACAAGGUUUUACAUGGAGAAUUCCACCUGAGUUGGAGAAGAUUGACCUUAAAGAGAACGACCGACUCUUCCUCGCCAAACCCUUGCAUGUGUACGCAGAACCACGCUUGCCUGCUCAUUUGUACCCAGCUUAA